CUGCAUCUCAUGCCUCUCACUCAGCUGCGCUUGCUACGCGACGCUUCUGUUUCCCCUCUUUUACCCCCGUCAUCUCGCGCUCUAUAGCUAGCACUUAUCUCGUUCCGUUCGCGUGCAAACAAUCGCCGAUGUGACGCAGUUGGAAACAACGGACUCUGUAUUUUCGUGUCUGGAACAAAGCGCGAUACGAAAACUCUUAUCUUUCCUGCCUUCUAGAAAAAUGAUCUUGAGUUUUGACCUUGAAAAUGCUUCGUUGUUUGCCGCAAAGCAUUAGCACAGGAAGAUACAAGGUACCUCGGAUAUGCAUGGAGAAUGUUGCGAUACAAAUUGUGGGUACGAUUACUUCAACUCUGAGCAUUGCUCAGUUUUUAUCAGACCAAGUGGGUAAAGUUUAUUUAAGUAUGUCAACUCACUGACGCAGCGCAUUUAAAGCUUCUUAUGCGUGCAUAAUGUAUAUUGAAUUUCCUUGAGUAUUACGCAAGGAAUCGGGUCAAAGGUUACUUCUUGAUACGCUGCUUCGGAGUAUUCGUCAAUCUCGCUUAUUCACGCUAGAAAUUACUUAUUUCUUCGCUUUUAUUUUGUAAUUUGAUAACGUAUCUGGAUAUGUGCGUAGAACUCGAAAAAUUUGCGAACGAUACGUAUAAUCUUGAUUCUUGUUUUUAUCUUUCCCGUGACGUGCCAUUUAAUGGCUACAAUUAACUAAAUAACCACGUUUAACAAAAUAUGUUUUAUAUACCCUAACAACAGAUAAGACGGAUGAUAAAUAUCCAACAAAAAUUGUGCUGGUAGAUUAUCAUAAUUAUAAAAAAUCUAAUCUUGACAAGUUUGACAAUUUAUAUCUGUAUAUCACGUAAAAUAAUUGCAUAUAAAAUUACACAUAAUUUUUUUCCAUAUAUUACGUGUUGUUGUUUCUAAAUGUACAUGGCAUGGCAGCAAGAAAAUGCUUUAUCAUUAUUAUCAAUGUAUUAACGCUGAUUAGGUGAUCUAGGUCACAAGUAAAACCUUGUAUUAGUUAUUAUCAUUUAAUGCGCAUUGUUAACUGGAAUAUACUACUGCAUAAAACAAUAUACGCAGUAAAUAAACGGACGUUGUGGAUGUAUAAUACCGUUACAUUCCGGAUUGCAUCAGGUUUUCGCUUCAGAUCAUACGCGCGAUACUUUCCAGAUCUUAUCGUUCUAAUCCCGCCACGAUUAUAUUAAACCUAAUUUUUCUAUCUUGAGGUAAUCUUGAGAUACGUUUGACAACCAAUAAUACAGAUAAAUAUAUUCAAGAACAUUCUUAAUUUUGCAGAAGUAUUUUUCAGCCUGAGCAAACAACCGUUACACAGGCAUGUGCAAUAGAAUGAUCGCAAGUCGCUUAAUACUUCAUAGAUGUUUGAAGCAGUGCGAUUUAAAGAUAUCGAAGAUAGAUAAGCUAGCAAUAUAGGGAAGGUGUGAAAGAAUGUGUGUAAAGUUUUAUGUAAACCAAGUACAAAAGGAAUGUGAACGAUAAGUUAUGUAGUCGAGUUUAACGGAGGCAUGAAAGCAUAAGAAGAACCUUGAUAUACAGCAGAUGUGAUGUAACGUCUUACAUAACUCACUUUGUUUAAAUUGCGAAAAUUUGCCGAUAAAACUGCCGUUGAGAUUUUUACCAGCAUAUUGACUAAUAUAAUAUCACAGAUAAAUCUGACGGAUUACUUGCGGGGCACGUGAUGAUAUUGAUUGAAAGAUAAGUGCGCGUUUUUUUCCUAAAUUUUGCCCUAUUAGUCACUCUCUCUCAAAACGCCCAUCACUAUCAUAUCGGCGCGAUAGGGAAGGAUACUAUGUAUUUGAUUUCCGAUUGAGUCCACGGAUAGGUAGUUUUCCAUAACAGAUAGGCUGUAACAUGCUAAACAUAUAUAAGGAUGUCCAAAAAAGCCGGCGUUAGUAAUGAAAUCGUUGUCGUACCGCAUCGAUCGCAAACAUUGCGAUUGCGUCAGUGCUUACCGGUGCAGGUGUUUCUUGCAUUAGAUUUCUUGCACUAGAUGCAUAUGCAUUUACAUACAUCUCCGUGUUACCGAACAACAUUGUCAGUGUAAUUUAAUUUUAUAUUUUGCAGCGUGAUAUAACGCGUACGAAUUAAUUAGUCUACGGAUGAUCCAUCAAUCUUUCAUCGCUUAUGCUACUGAAUGUUAUAGAUACCAUUUCCGUUCUAUGAGAAGGAAAAAUCAGAUCAACAAAGAAUCAACCUCAUUGUCAUUCACGUUACGUUAAUACUGGAACGAUUAUAAAAAUGACUCUCAGGACAAUGGGUUUCGUGAAAUUAAAUCGCCGAAUUCGGCGGACUUUAAACGUGCGCAAAUAUGUGAGCGAUCAAUUACUUGCGGACGGUGAAGUAAAAAAACAGAAGAUACCGUUGAACAUCGAUAUCAACAUGUUGAAGAUCGGUUUUCUUGGUGGAGGAAAAAUGGCCCAGGCACUCGCCAAAGGUUUUAUACGAGCGGGUUUGAGCAAGGGCGAGAUGAUGUUGGCCAGUUGCCUUCCGAACGACACUGGAAGCAUCGAAACGUUUAAAGAAAUGGGAUCAAAAACCGUUUUCGCUAAUGCUCCCGUCGUUGAUCACGGUGAUGUGCUGAUUCUAUCAGUGAAACCCCAGGUUGUGCCAAAGAUUUUGCCAGAAUUAAAGAACAGCAAUAAAUUGCUGCUUUCCAUCGCUAUGGGUGUCUCCUUGACGACGUUACAGAAGGCAUUGCCAGAAGGAACACCCGUGAUGAGGAUAAUGCCGAAUACACCGGCAUUAGUAGGUUGCGGUGCUACGGUGUACACGCGUGGAAAAUAUACGUCUGACAAGGACGCGGAAAUAACAGAAAAAUUAUUUUCCGCCGUUGGUCUUUGCGAGGAAGUGCCAGAAAAUCUCAUCGAUCCCGUCACUGCCUUGGCCGGUUCCGGUCCAGCCUAUGUAUAUAUGAUGAUCGAGGCACUGGCUGAUGGUGGAGUCAAAAUGGGACUUGCCAGGCCCAUCGCUUAUAAACUCGCCGUGCAAACUAUAAUAGGUGCUGGUACCAUGAUUCGCGAAACAAACGUUCAUCCAGCACAACUCAAAGAUGACGUGUCUUCACCUGCAGGUUCUACCAUAACUGGCAUUCAUCAUUUAGAGAAACAUGGUUUAAGAUCGGCGCUGAUCGGUGCUGUGGAGGCGGCAACGCUUCGAUGUAAAGAAGUCAGUUCGCAGAUGGAAAAAGAUUAGUGGUAAUAAUAAUAAUAAUAUUGUUGUUGUGUAAUAGUUAUUACUGAUAUGUUUGAAGACACGUGAGCUGGAUGAUGUUCAGCGAAAGAUAUAAUAACGCAGGGUUACGACCUGUAGAUAAGAUCAUGUUUUAUAUAUUAAUGUUAUUUAAUCUUUUUAGAUGUAGCUUGUUUUUGUGAUAAAAUACGUUUUAUUUUUAAUUUUCAUGAAAAUUGAGACUGUAGAUCUGGCAACAACGAAAAAUUGAGAAAUUGUACGCGAGAUUUAUAUUAUAUUUAUAAUGUACAUUACGAUAAAAAGAAUAUAUUUGUGUGCGUGCGUGCGUGCGUGCGUGUGUGUGCAUGCAUUUUUUUAAAUUUAGUGACGAGCUAUUUCUAAGCUGUCGUCUGGUUUUAUGAUAUAAGAGGAAUAAUAUAUGAUAUAAAUUUCUUGCGUCCUAUAGCUUUAUUUUUCAGUUUUUCUCCACAAAUAUAAUACUUUUGUAAUAAUCUUGAAAUCUGAAAAAUGUGCCAAAAACAUUGACAUCUAUUCGAUACAUUCUGUAGAACUAUACAAUAAUUUUCGUAACUGAGUUUUGUUAUUGCGGCGCUGCGCAUUUUCGAAAAAUAGCAUUUUGACCGUUACAUGACUUUUCUGCUUGAGAAUCCUUGAAUAUAAUAUGAUUAAGUAAUAAAAAUCUUGUUAUUA